GAUAAUUAAAUAGUAGUGCAGUAGGUCCUCCCUCCACUCUGCUGAUUAGGUUUUUCUUAUUUUUCCCUACUAAAGCUGUAUUUGAAGGGUUCAUUAUUUCUUGCUGCAAUUUCAUCUUCUUAAGAAGGGAAGGAAGAGACAAUCAGGAGAAGGAAGCAUUAACCAAGCAGCCAUGACUGACUAUAAGCAAGACCAGGAUAUGGAAAUUGAAGCCUUGGAAGCCAUUCUCAUGGAUGAUUUUAAAGAAAUUCAUUCUAGUGAAAGCAACCUGAAUACUUCGAACCGCUGCUUCCAGAUAACCCUUUCUCCUCAGGAUGAUGAGCUAGAUGAAUCAACUAAUCCACCAGUAAGGUUGGCAUUGAUAUUCUCUCACACAGAAAAAUAUCCCGAUGAACCUCCACUUCUCAGUCUGAAAAGCUUGAAAGGAAUUCCAACAGCAGAUCUUAAAGUUCUGAAAGAAAAGCUUGAACAAGAGGCAGCUGAAAAUCUUGGUAUGGCCAUGGUCUACACAUUGGUUACAUCAGCUAAGGAAUGGCUUUCUGAAAGAUUUUCAGAGGAUGCCGGAGUUGAGGAUGCUGAGGAAGAUGAGGCUGCAAAAGAUGAGAUUAUAGUACCACAUGGAGAACCAGUCACUGUUGAUUCCUUUUUGGCAUGGCGUGAGAGAUUUGAAGCAGAAUUGGCACUUGAAAGAGCCAAGCUAAUGCCUGAUUCAGCACUUACUGCGCCCAAGGAGAAAAAACUUUCCGGCAGACAGUGGUUCGAAAGUGGAAGAGCAUCCUCGAAAGGGUCAGCACCUGUUGCUGAGGGUUCUGAUGAAGACGAGGAAGAUAUUGAUUUCGACGAUGAUGACUUCGAAGAUGAUGAAGAGGAUAUGCUGGAGCACUAUCUGGCCGAAAAAUCAGACUCAUCUACCCAUACUUCAAGGGGAGCCAAUUGAGCAAAGUUGGCGUGAUGGGCAGGAAUGAAUUAGAUGUUAACUACCAUUAAAUGGAGAACUGUUCGCAUAGGUGAUGCAGGCCUUAAUGAGAUAUAGAGAACUUUGGUAUACUACAAGAUGGUACUCGUACCAAAACAAGCCGACAUGAAAUACCUGUGAUCUAAGUAAAAGUUUUUCUGUUGCUGACAGAUGAGCCCGCCUUUUCCAUUAAUGAUUCAACAUUGGAACCGUUGUAUCAGCUGUUUUUCGGAGAUUUUAUUGAUUGCAGGAUAGAGUAGUUUACUACUUUGAACCCCCUGCAAAUAUCAUUUUUCGCAGUGCAGUUAUUUUAAGCAUA